AUGGAAAGCCAUUUAGUGAAGAUUGAAAGCAAAUGGAUAGACAAUUGGCUAUGGACAAAGCGUCCAACAGCUCAAAGUUAUUUCUGGAUAGGUUUAACAGAUAUAGAGAAUGAAGGAAACUUUACGUGGAACAUCGACAACACUGUUGCCAGUUAUACACAAUGGGCCUCUGGAUAUGGAAAACUUUCAGAAACUUAUGAUGCGGUAGCCUGGGGAUGGAAAGCUGGAUGUUUUGAACGUCAAAAAGAUUCUCGUUUCUUUAUUUCAGGAACCGGAUGGUUGAGAUUUGGCAAUGAUUGCUAUUUCUUUGGCACCAAUGGAGUAGACUGGUUUACAGCAAACGAAAACUGCAAACAAAGGGGGAGUCAUUUAGCAAAGAUGUACAACAAUACCUUAGAUGAAUGGAUGAUGACGAAAAAAACAUCAGACCAAUCAUAUUACUGGAUUGGACUAACAGACAUGACAAAUGAAGGACAAUUUAGAUGGACCAUUGAUAAUACUACCCUUACAUUUUCAAACUGGGCGUCAACCUAUGGCACAGCGAAAGGAUCGCCGGACAGAUCUGAUGUUGUAGCAUGGGGAUGGAGUUCUGAAUGGUUCGAUUAUCCAGCUACAGAUAAAUAUGGAUAUGUUUGCCAAAGCAGGUCAUGUAAUGGAGCAAACUGACAACUAUCAUGGAACAAGAUAACGGAAUUAAAAUAAUUGCAUUUGAGUUGUUGAGCAGUUUGUUUAAAAUAUUACAAAUGUUUAAACAGUUGUGCUCACGACAAAAUAAUUAGAAAAGAUGACAUAUGGACUUAAAUGUUUUACCAUAAGUAUAAAGAAAACUUUUUUUCAAUAGCUUUCAUUUAAGCAGCAACCCUCUUUCAAGGAAAUCUUGAUAGGAUAUGCAAGUCUUAGCACAGUGUAAUGAUUUGGAGAUCAAUACGAAAUAUACAGAUUACGAUGGAACGUUGCUUCAAAAAUGGAAAGUUCACAAUAAGAAAUGAGAAUCAAUCUAAAUUUUUCAUAAAAUUUAGA